AUGGAAGCAACUCCCUCCAUUCUUACUUCUUCCGCUGCUUCUUGCUCACCGUCUCCUUCUUCUUCUUCCUAUCCCAUUUGUUCAAUCCCUCACCUCAGAAUCGGUAGUUCCCGGUCAUCAAUUCCCCUCCGCAAAUCACACCUCUUCAGCCCGCUCUCGCUGCUGCUUCCCGUCCCCUCCGCGUCUUCUUCUUCUCUCCGAGCGUCCUCCUUUCAGGUAGUUCAAACUCCCGCCGCCACCGACGCUUCGCCCGACGCCAUGGAUGUCGCGAUGCCCAAGAUUGACAAGAGUGGGAGGUUUUGCAGCCCACGAGCUGCUCGGGAGCUCGCUCUAUUGAUCGUUUAUGCGUCGUGUUUAGAAGGGUCUGACCCAAUUCGACUGUUUGAGAAGCGGAUGAAUGCAAGAAGAGAGCCUGGGUAUGAGUUUGAUAAGUCGUCUCUGUUGGAGUAUAACCACAUGAAUUUCGGAGGACCACCUGUUACAACGGAGACCAUUGAAGAAGCUGAUGAGCUGCUGUGCAUAAAUGACCAUGAAUCCGCCAUUGAAGCUGAAGUCCUUUCAGCGCCUCCGAAGCUGGUAUACAGCAAACUGAUUUUACGGCAAUUCUACUCAAUAAAUUGUGGCAGUCUAACAAGGAAGCUUUUGGUAGCUGUUGUGGACAAGUGGGAUAGUCAUGUCCGAAUUAUAGACGAAAUAGCUCCUGCGAACUGGAAGAAUGAACCAGCAAGCAAAAUUUUGGAGCUCAGCAUCCUCCAUCUAGCAAUGUCUGAGAUUAUAGUCAUCGGGACAGCACACCAGAUUGUCAUCAACGAGGCUGUAGAUCUUGCUAAAAGGUUCUGCGAUGGCGCAGCCCCACGGAUCAUCAACGGAUGCUUGAGGACAUUCAUGAAGGGUCUUUUUGAAACCGAGUUAGCUCAGGAUGCUUCCUCCACCAAGCAGGAAGUCGUACAACUCGACCGCAGUCUGCUUGGACAAAAGAACGUAUGAACAACGAGUCACGACUACCAUGUUAUAGGAGAAGAAACAACCUAUGGAGAAGGCCUGCUAGCUCCCGGAACCCAUUCCAUCGGAGCUGUAGAAGAAGCAUCAAGUGGCGGGUAUCAAGAGUAUAGUAUAUGAUUUGUUGUUGUUGUUGUUGUUAUUGUUGUGUUAGAUAGUGGAUUUUAGCAGCAAACUAACUUUGUUCGAUGUAUUGUUGUUGGCAAAUGCCUAGAAUGGAUGGUAGACUAAACUAGUUGGUGGUACUUAGGUAAUCAGAGCGUGGAACGGGACUACUUACUGAGAAUGAGUGUGCCACUUGAUUUUACGAUGGAUGUUGCAAAACAAGCAGCUAGGGGUGUGCAAUGGUCCGGUCCGUACCGGAUCACAUUGGACCAAACCGUUGUUAAGACCGGACCGGACCAGACCGAGUAAAAUGCGGUUCGGUUCUUGGUC